AUGAUUUUCACGAGCUCGAGUCAGUCCUCAAUAAAAGUCCUCGUUGAUUGCAGCAACCAAGAUGAGUGGAUGUUCGACAGCUGUAUCGAAGACAAAGCGCCUAAUUGCCAGGGUGAUUGUCGAAACUGCCCUUGCUCACGAGACUUGGAAAUUUACGAUUCUGGGCGAAAGACGGCACUUCAUUGUCAAGUUGACUACCUAAGUGUUUACGAAAAUCGCAUCGUUGAAACAAGCAAGACGAUUUAUUUGAGAGAUCCUCUUUGGAGCAAUUUAGACUUGAACUUCCUGAUGGAUGGAGAUCUACGAAAGAAUGAGACGUUGACGGAGAGCAUCCCUCACGAAAAUCAAUCACAAAAUACGACGAGAGACGGCACAAUAGCGAUGGGAUUGCCAGUGACCUGGAUACUCAUCAGCGGUGGAGCCAGUCUUUUCCUGGUCUGCUUGAUCAUCGUUGCCCUUGGAAUGAUAAGACGAAAGAGAGCGCAGAAAGCGAUGAUGAAAAAGGGGAAGAACAACAGACCAACAAGAAGAUCGACAUUAGAACAUCGACUUGAUGCUCAGGAUCUUUUAUUACGACUGCCAAGGGAUGCAGCCUCAAAACCCGACUCUCCUAAACCAGUUUAA